CAACAACCCGGUGAAAAAUUCUAACUAGACGUCGCUUGUCAUACAAUAACCUUGCAAGAGUAUUAGUAUGUUGUCAAGAUCGUUUAACAUAUUGAGAGGUAAACCUUGGGGGUUCAGUCUAGUGCCCGUAAGAACUUACCAGGUUUCCAGAAACGACGAAUCUUUAAAAACUGAAUAUGAUGAUAUAACCAAUUACGGAAGCUACAAAAACACCAUUUUCACACACAGAUUGCCCGAGUCUACGGCCCAACAAUCUCCACCACUAGUAGCAUUGCAUUUCAGAUUGAACUUGCCUAAGACUUAUCAAUUUUCCACAUUAUCCCAAGCGUUGAACAUGAUAAAAUAUGAGGGAUUAGCCAAUAACUAUGGCUUAAACACAUUAGGGAAGACCUUAUUAUCGUAUUACGUAUCGGAAUACUUGUUGGUGCGGUACCCAAGAUUACCUAUGCCAAUCCACAAUGCUGCUGUUGACUCUUUAAUGGGGGUUGAAAGUUUGUAUGAGUUGGGUAAAGCUUGGGGUAUUCAAGUCGAUACUACGUCAAAAUUGGACAAGAAGUUGUCCCUAGAAUCUGAGUUCUUACAGUACGGAAGGUUACGGUUCUUGUCAGAUCAAGAUAAGAAUCAAUUCACUGAAGAAGGUAUAAUAGAGUUGAACUUACAAGAGGCUCGUACCCUCAAUCCAAACACAAACCACUUUAUUUCUAGAGAACAUGAUGCCUAUGCCUCCGCAGUAAGAUCAAUCAUCGGUGGCUUGUAUACCCAUUGCGGUGAAACCGUGACCAAAAAGUUCAUUGAUGAUCACAUCUUAUCCAGAAAAUUGCUCUUGGAAAACAUGUUUCAAUUCUCUCAACCUACUCGAGAAUUGGCCAGAUUGUGUGAAAAGUUGAACUUCAAGGAACCCCUUCAAAUCAGAUUAAUGGCGGAAACUGGUAGAUUAUCGAGCCAUGCUAUUUACGUGGCAGGUGUGUUUGUGGGAACUGAAAAGCUUGGUGAGGGAGUAGGAUCAUCUCUUAAUGAAGCUAAAACUAGAGCCGUUGUUAAUUCUUUGAUGUCGUACUACUUAUACACUCCAAUUAAUGAAGAAGGUAACCCCGUGAAAUUGCCCAGUGAUACAGAUUACAAGCUUGAGGGGAUUAUUGGCGAUGGAGAUGUGGCCAUCUGAUUCAUUAUUCUGUAAAUAUUGUAUAUAGCCAAAACUAGACAGAUACUGAAUUCAAGACAUUGCAAAAUCAAGCAGUUGACAGCCGC